CUCCUUCGUAAUAAGUCGGCCGGCUUCAUAUAAGGGAGGCUCUCGCCGAUUUUAUUUUAUUUUUCUUUCUGGAUCUCCUAAAAAAACACAAUGAGGUUGGAGAAGUGCUGGUUUUGUUCAUCCACCAUCUAUCCAGGUCAUGGUAUCCAGUUUGUACGCAAUGACGCUUCGAUAUUUCGAUUUUGCAGAUCCAAGUGCCACAAGAAUUUCAAGAUGAAGAGGAACCCUAGAAAGGUCAAGUGGACUAAGGCGUAUAGACGUAUGCAUGGCAAGGAUAUGACAAAGGAUUCGACCUUUGAAUUCGAGAGAAAGAGGAACAGGCCUGAGAGAUAUGAUAGGAUUCGCGUUGAGAAAACUCUUGAAGCUAUGAAGGAAAUCAUCGAUAUGAGACAUAUGAGGGAGAUCGCUCACCAUAAACGAAGGAUGAAGGGUAACAAAUCUAAGAUGAUGAAAGAGGCAAGAAAGGAAUUAGAUCAGUGUAUCCCCACGACGAUUAGGCUAGAGGUGGACCAAACUCCUCCAAAGAUUAAAGUGCAGAUACAAAAAGACCAGAUUCAUGCCAUGGAAGAGUGAUAAAUGUCAGCUGUCCAGUUUUUCGUCGUUUAUCUAAGUAAAAUUUAUGUGAUUGCAAAAUUUUGUUUAAGUUUU